AUGGGGACCCACCUGCUGCCCAACCCGGGGCUGCAGCCGCGGGGGGGGGUCAGUCCCUACAACACUCUCAUCGCCGACUCGGUGGGCUUCGCCCCCCCCUCGCCCCCCGCCUUCACCUCCCCAGUUGUCGCUGUCGCUGCGAUGGGACCCGCGGGGCGACUCGGGCUCUGCCUGGUGCUGAGCGCUGUGCCCCGGGCGGUCCUGGAGCCCCUGGGGCGGUGCCUCGAGUGCCCCAUGUCCGCCUGCCUCAACGCCACCCACUGCUGGUGCCCCCCCGGGUUCCGCGCCCCCCCCGGCAACAGCGCCCCCCCCUGGCCGAGAGAGAGCGCCGCCCUGCAGAGCUGCGACGAUAUCGAUGAGUGCGCAGAGGGGGGGGCGGAGCUGUGCGGGGGGGGCACCGUCUGCUUCAACACCCCCGGGAGCUACGAGUGCCACUGCCCCCCCGGGCACGUGGGGACCCCCAACGCCUGCGCCCCCGUGACGGUGCCCCCCGAGCUCUGUGAUGACGAACAGGUGAGGGGGUCCCCAAGAUUUUGGGGGGCCGGUGUCCCCCCGUGCCCCCCUCAGAGCGGCUGUGAGCUGGCGGAGACCCUGACCCACCUGUACGGGCGGCUGCGGGGGGGCGGUGACCCCCACCUCGUCCUGCAGGAGCUGUUGGCCACUCUGGAGGGGGCAUUUUGGGGGGCAGCGGCCGCGCCCCCCCCCCAGCGUCACCGCAGGGUCACUGCGCUGCUGACGGUCACUGAGGCGCUGGCGCGGGGGGGGGCGGCGCUGCUGCCCCCCCACAGUGUCACCAACAUCACCUUCAACGGAUCAGUGCUGCUGCUGGCGGUGCAGCCCGUGCCCCCCCCCGGCCCCGUGCGUUUGGGGGGGCCCGCGGUGAACCUCGAAGUCCCUGCGGCCGUGGCGGGGGACAGGGACAGCGGGCUGUCGCUGGUGGCUCUGCUGGAGCUGCGGGCGCUGCCCCGGCUGCUUUUGGGGGCCCCCUCCGUGGAUUGGGGGGGUUGGGGGGAGCUCCCCCCGCCAUCCCGGCGCGGUUUCCGCCCCUCCUAUCGCCUCUUGUCCCCUGUGGCCACCGCCUUUGUCACCCGCCCGCGCCCCCCCGGAACCCCCGAGGUCACCCUCAGCUUCCAGCACCCCCCCCCGGACCCCCGGUGGGGGGGGCGGAUUCUCUGUGCCUUUUGGCACCCCGAGAAGCGGCUCUGGGCCACGGGGGGGUGUCGGGCAGUGACCCCCCCACCCCCCAACGGCACCGCCUGCGCCUGCAACCACCUCACCAGCUUCGCCGUCCUCCUCGCCUUCUACGAGCUCCAGGAUGAUUGGGUGCUGGACGUGGUGACACGGGUGGGGUUGGGGUUGUCGGUGGCGGCACUGGCGGCGUCGGUCGCCACCUUCACUCUGUGCCGAGCGCUGAAGGGGCUUCGCACGACGCUGCACCUGCACCUGAGCCUCAGCCUCCUGGUGGCGCACAGCACCUUCCUGGGGGGCAUCGACCGCACCGAGAACCCGGUGGCGUGCGCGGUGGUGGCCGCGCUCUUGCACUUUUCCUUCCUGGCCGCCUUUUGCUGGAUGGGGCUGGAGGGGCUGCACCUCUACGUGCUCCUCGUGCGAGUGUUCGAGCCCUCGUGGCUGCGCGUGCGACACCUGCUCCUCGUGGGCUACGGAGUUCCCGCCCUCCUGGUCACCAUCGCCGCCGCCGCCUUCCCCGCCGGCUAUGGCACCGACCGCUACUGUUGGCUCUCCCUGGAGAGAGGGUUCCGCUGGAGCUUCCAGGGCCCCGUCUGCCUCAUCGUCGCCGUCAACGCUGUCAUUCUCGUUGUCACCGUCUGGAAGUUGGUGCAGAAAUACCACGAUGUCAACCCCGAUCUGGGACACCUGCGGAGAAUGAGGGUGCUGGCGGCCACGGCGGGGGGGCAGCUCUUCCUGCUGGGCUCGGGUUGGGCGCUGGGCUUGGGGUUGGGGUUGGGGCUGCCCCCCCCCCUCCCCUCGGGGCCCCCCCCAAAUCCCGGACCCCCAAACCUGGGCGCGCCCCCCCCCCCUCCUGCUCUUCCUCUUCUGCGCCAUCAACGCCGCACAGGGGCUCUUCAUCUUCCUCUGCCACUGCCUGGCGCACCCCCAGGCUCCUCGUGCGAGGCAAAGGAGGGGGAGGUGGUGAUGCGCUCCCCCCCACGAGACGCUUCCAUUUGUAUUGCACGGCUGCGGUGUGAAGUCCUUGUGCACAGCCCCUCGUGCAAAGAUCCUCGUGUGAAGAUCCUUGUGCAAGGCUCCUCGAGCGAAGCUCCUCGUGUGAGGCUCCUCGUGCGAAGAUUCUCGUGCAAGGCCCCUUGUGCGAAGCCCCUCGUGCAAGGCUCCUCGUGCGAGGCAAAGGAGGGGGAGGUGGUGAUGCACUUCCCCCCCCACGAGACACUCCCGUUUGUAUUGCACGGCUGCGGUGUGAAGUCCUCGUGCGACGAUCCUUGA